GUUCGCUUUCCAUCAGUUUCGAUUUUCGAAAAAAAUGUGCAUCGAGUACUGGUUGAAGUUUGUCUUGAAUUCGUAAAUGAAACGUGCGAUAAUUAGUGAUUCUUAGCGAAAAAAUGAGUCAUCUGCAAGUGUAAAUAUAUCAGACUUUCAUCCUUUUCAAUGCACUCAUCGUUGAAUCGUCUAUCAGUGAAGAUUUCGAAAUCGCAGAAAAUUCAGAAAAGAGGAUUCGUUCGAUAUUCGGUAUCAUUCUACGGUAAAUAGUGCUUGAAUACUUCUGACAUGGACGACCAAAUACUUCGAAUGAGCCAAGCUGAUUCAGAAUUCGAAACUGUGAGGUUGAUGAGCUUACAAGAAAUAUUUCGACAAAAGUUGAAGGAAUAUGUCAGGAAUACUUCUGGCAUUUAUCGUCGCAGUUCUCCGGAGCCACUUGAGCAACUCAAUUCUGACGAGUGUACGAAAGGCACCGAUACAAUCAGAGAAGAAACCAGUACGAGUCAUGAGCGAAGAAGUAACGACGUAUUGGAAGAACCUAUUUCGCCUCGUUCUGAAAAAUCGAUUACUUUCGAAAGUGAUGGAUAUGGGCAAGAAGAUGAAGACGUACUCAUGGCCGAAGAAUUCAGCUCUGACAUCGCGUGCAGUUCGGAGAAAAACAAUGCAUGUGUGAUCGAAUGGAAAACACCUUAUCCAAGAACAGUUGGUGCCUUUAAAAUCAAAUGCAAUUUGAGAAUAUUUGUUCCCUGUGACAAGAACUCCAGAUUGACGAAUCGUCGAGUUUACACCUUGGAUUGUGACGAACGUUGUAAAAAAUACGCUAGAACUGCUGAAAACCCGAAUGGAAGGUUUGAAAAUUGUUACGAAUCCAGUUGGCCCAGUUGGUUUGGUAUUGACGACUGCGACAUCGCAAGAUGCGAUUUGAGAGUAUUUCUGGACGCAGAUUCGCUCCAAAAUCGUCAAGUUUUUGUGCUCCGGUGCUGUGGAGAGUGUGGAAAAUUCUGCGAAAAUCGUGAAUCGUCUGCGGUGUUCGAAAAAUAUCUCAAGUUGACGAAUUUCAACGAUAACGAACGAAGUAGGGAAAGUUCAGUGGACGAGUUUGAAGAUUGUCACGAAUGCAGUUCUCCAUGUAACUUUGAGAAAGACCACAGCGAUGAUAGCCACAACGAAGGAAAGUGUAACUUGAGAGUGUCAUCAGAUGAAGCUUCGUCCCACGGUCGUCGGGUUUUUGUAUUGCAGUGUUUUGGCUAUUGUGGAAAAUUGUGCGAAAAUCAUAAACCUCGUGAAACUUCUGGUGAAUAUCUCGAGUCAAUGGAUUUUGAUAGCUGCGACAGCUUAUAUGACAAGUUCGAUGAUUGUUCCGAAUUCAGUUCGCUAGAUUCGUUCAAAUCAUACUCGAGGGAUGAUUACCACUAUAAUAAAAUACUCGAUUUGAUAGUCAGACUGGACGUAGAUUCAUUCCACGACCGUCAAGUUUUUGUUCUUCGUUAAUGAAAAAUAUUUUGUGUUGGGUGAGUUCAAAAGCUCGUUAAAAUAUCAGUGUUUAGUUUAAUUAUGAUUAAUUUGUGUUGUUUUUCGUUUAAGUGUUUGUUUCGAUGUGAUAUUUUUAUACGUUUUUUGAAGUUAUUUGUCACAAUAUUAUGUAAGAAAUCACGGUGCUAUCGAUCAACGUGUCGCUGUUUUUAAAUUAAAUUCUA